AGGCGGCCGCUGGGUGUUGGCGGGGAGGAGAAGAUGGAGGAGGAGGAAGCGGGGUCGCGGACCACUCACCGAAAAACACAUCGGUGCCUUCCACCCUCGGCCCUCACCGCAGGGCCGUCGGCGUGAGCCAGUGGCCUCCCGUUCGGAGCGAAAUACAACCUGUUGUGCAUCCAAAAACACACAGCUCCAGGAGUGGCUCUCCAUACAUGCAACAGAUUCAUGGGCUUGCAAGAUCAUUCAGCGACUGAUAACGACACAGUUCUUGAACUUCUACAUCUCAAUGUGGAAAACACUAACAAACCGCUAAACGUAAUUACAUCUUGGUCAAUAGUGGGCAAAAUGGCAAUGGAUAAAGGAUACUCCAAUACUGAGAGAGUUGAAGAGUGGGAAGUGCGGGACACAGAUAGCUCGGGUUCAGAUAGUGAAUUGGAGCAGUUAGGAAUUUCCAUGUUAGAGACAGGUCCUAUAAUGAAACAGUUUUGUCAGUCACCUGGAUUGGAAUCAAAUCUACUCCAAUGUAGUGAGGUUCUGCAAGAUUUUAACAUUGAUACCAAAACAAAACCAAAGGGUGAUUUAAGGAUUACAGAUGAAGAUAAAGUCUAUAAAACGAAAAUGGAGUUUGCCCUGAAAUUGGGAUAUUCAGAAGAACAAUUGCAGAUGGUCUUGAACAAAUUAGGAACUGAUGCCGUACCUAAUGAUAUAUUAGGUGAACUGGUUAAACUGGGGAACAAACUUGAUUCGGAUGCCGCUUGUGGCAGAAGUAAUCCUAGAAUUAUAAAUCUGCGAGAUACAACUUCUACGGAUUCCCAAAGGUCGGAUUCUCCUUUAGAAGACAUAGUUGAUGACGGGAAUAAUCUAAAACCUGUAGUCAUUGAUGGCAGUAAUGUGGCAAUGAGUCAUGGCAAUAAAGAAGUGUUCUCCUGCCGAGGGAUUAAGUUAGCAGUGGAUUGGUUUUUGGAAAGAGCACAUAAAGAUAUUACUGUGUUUGUGCCUGCCUGGAGGAAGGAACAAUCGAGGCCUGAUGCCCUCAUCACGGAUCAAGAAAUCCUACGCAAGUUGGAAAAGGAUAAAAUCCUUGUCUUCACGCCAUCUCGUCGUGUGCAAGGGCGAAGAGUAGUUUGUUAUGACGAUCGCUUCAUUGUGAAAUUGGCUUAUGAAUCAGAUGGCAUAAUUGUAUCAAAUGAUAACUACAGGGAUUUGCAGAAUGAAAAACCAGAAUGGAAAAAGUUCAUUGAUGAGAGAUUACUUAUGUAUUCUUUUGUUAAUGACAAAUUCAUGCCACCAGAUGAUCCUCUGGGUCGCCAUGGACCUAGCUUGGAUAACUUUCUGAGAAGACGACCUGUUGUACCAGAACAUAAGAAGCAGCCUUGUCCAUAUGGAAAGAAGUGCACUUACGGUCAUAAAUGUAAGUACUAUCACCCAGAAAGAGGUACACAGCCUCAGCGUUCUGUGGCAGAUGAACUACGAGCGAGUGCUAAGAAUUCAAUAAUGAAAACAAAUGAAGGAUUGGUGAAGAGCAACAGUGUUCCAUCUAACAACAAAGCUGAGGGUACAUUUGAUGUCAAAUGUACAGCUCCAAAAAGACAAUCCGAUCCAAGUAUUCAAACCCCUCUUUAUAAUGCAGUUGAAGAGAAACUUAGCAAUAAAAGCAGAUUGGAAAUUAGGUCUGUGCCCUCUCGUGUUAGUGCACCAGAUUCUUCAAAUGCAAUAGCCCCAGGUACUGCUAUAUCAAGUUCUGGCAUGCACUUUGUGACACAAGAACAAGGAAUGCCAGUACAGUACCCUCCAAUUCUGGUAGAUUGUCCCCAUGGAACACAUAUUUCACAUAAUAACCAGCGCCCAAAGUGUAACUCUCCUGUUGAUGGAGGAUAUUACUCUGUGAUGACUCCUUAUCCUAAUAUUAGUUUACCUGGUAGACACAGCCCUGACCCGUUUUCUGUCGACAAAGAAUAUAGACAGAACCAGGUAGGUUCUGAAUGUAGCAGUGAAGGUAGUGUUAGUUCUGGUACUGAUUCAUAUGUUGGGUAUAAUGAGCAAGCCUAUCGAAGCUCUCCAGUUAUAAUGCUUGAGGAAAACCUCAAAUGUCACCAGUUUCAUAAACGACAACAGACCCUUCAUCAUGGAUACCAUGAUACUUUAACAAGAAUUCAGACUUAUAGUCGAGAAGAACAAAAGUCAUUGCACAAAGGUUCGAUCCCUUGCAUGACAUCGCAUUUACCACACACUAUAAUUGGAGCUCACUCCAAUUGUCCUAGUGAAUGCCAUGCAGUAUCUCACAAUGCCCAUCUCCCACAGAAUAUUUCUAUGGGAUUGACAGUAGGAACUACAAGUGUAGAAAGAUUCCCAGACUCACAUGUGUAUGAAAAUCAGUCAUUGAGACAAAGAAAACCUUAUGUAGGUCAUGAAACAUUUGCCAAUUGGAAUAGGCUUGGUUAUGGUAUGGAUGCUUAUAACUAUGCACAAGGAUAUUCAUUGCCGAAUAAUUCCACGCAGCCAUGUUAUGAUCAGUUUACAUUCCAAAGUCUACCUGAGAAAAGAGAACAGACCUGGAGGAUGCCAUGGAGUGGUCUACCCACAGAGCAUCCAAAUUCACAAAGAUUUCAGGAUGCUCGUGACAAGGUCUACACAAACCUGUGUAACAUUUUCCCAGCUGAUCUUGUGCGGGUAGUAAUGAAAAGAAAUCCUCACGUGAUUGAUGCCCAGCAACUUGCUGCAGCUAUUCUAGCAGAAAAGUCAAAACUGGGUUAUUGAAUGCAUUAUUUGGUGUUUUUAUCUUUCACUUAAAAUGCAGAAAUAGCUUACAUUGUGAGAUUAUUCAAAAGAUGGAGAUAAAAUAGCAUGGAGUCACAAGCAUCUCCAGAUGCUGGAAUCUUGAGCAAAAAACAAACUGCUGGAGGAACUCAACAAGUCAGGCAGCCUCUAUGAAGGGAAAUGGCAUAUGCCCUGUUCAAAAGGGAAUAGUUUGUGUUUUUGCUACUACCUUUUAGAUCUAGCAUUAUUUAAAGUUGCGGUUUUCUAUAGGAAACAUUAUGUGUAUGUAAAAGCACCUUAUAAAUAUACAGUUACUGGUGACAGCAUUUAUUAUCACCAUCCUACAUAGCAGUAUUCGUAGGAAACCUGACCCUUUUUCCUAAAAAAUAAUAAUUUAGUAGCUUUUGGCACUUUUCCUUCAGCAUUUAACAAAUUAUUGAUGAAAAGAUAUAUUAAUGCAGGUUCUUGAAGUACUGCUAAUUGCUUCAGAAUAUCUUUGACCAUUAAUAGCUAGACAGAAAUGCUGAUUUUUUUUUAUUAUUUGAGGAUGUACAUAGUACAAUGCUAAUUUUUGAUGCAGCAAUAAAAAGCAACCUUUUUAAAUUUAGAUUAAACAUUUUAAAAUAUAUUGUACACCUUUUUUAAUUAAUACACUCGGGCUGUGGUAUUAUGAGAAGGCCUGAUUUGUCUUGUCACGUUUUUUUAAGUGGAAACAAACAGAUUAUCUGUUUAGUUUCAGUAAAAGUUGUUUCUGCUAUUUUUAAUGGAUUUUUGCUGCAGUGUUGUGGACAUCCUGCAAGAGAUUUCAGCUGUCAAUUCUAUUGAGUGUAUUACAGCUUCAAGCAAAAUCCAAAAUAACCAGAAAUGACCUUUCAUUGUUGAUGCAAAUUGUAUCUUUUAUAAAAUAUGAAAUCUGCAAUAGUUUCAAAUUUAGUGACAUCGUAAAUACACAAAAUUGUGUAAAUGUCAUUAGGCACCAUUUGGGCGGCAUUUUACCAGAUCCUUGAAAUUAAUCAUUGGUUUACAAAAUUAUUUAAACUACAUUCACUGAUUAGGAAAAGUCCAAAUUAGAAGAUAAUGAAAAUAAAACAGCAAAAUCCUAUAUUUGGGUUUUUUCUGUUUCUAUUUGCAGACAUUUAACAGGUGUGUUCAGUGCUGUAAAAAAAAAAAAUUGUAAUUCAAAUUUCACAUUUGAUAUUUAUUUUUGCAGUUUCAUUUUGCACAUGUAGUUUCCAUGUUUUAAUUUGAGCAGAUCUGAAUCUCAUCUCUUUUUGGUCAGGCUGCAAAUUUUGUAAAGGAUCCAGAGCAUACGUACUUUUAACCAAUGGUAAAGAUUCAAUCGUUGUACACCUCUAGUGGAUUCUCAGUCGUUAAAUAAUUGUAAUCAGGGGGAUAACCAUAAAUUUUAGUUUAUUUUCAGCAAACAUUAAUGUCUAAGCAUCAAUUUUAUCCAAUAAGUAAAUGAAUACAUGCAAAAUAUACGGGGGGGGAAAUAUUUAAAUAUAUAAAUGAACAAACUCUACCAUAAUAUUGAUACUUGUAAGAGUGAAUUUCAUAUCAAAAAUAAACAUUAGCAUUUUAUUUGUUGGAAGCCACUCAGUUCUGUGCAAUACCAAAUUUCUGAUUUAGGUGAAGGUUUUUUCAGACUUAUUGAUACUCUUUCACUAUUGGAUAGUUGACCAAAUUACACCUCUCUUUUUUGCUUUCAUCCAUCAUACUCAAAAUGGAUUGUGUAUUUCAUUCCAUGCAGUAUACAAUCUUGCAGCCUAAUCAAAAACAAAUGAAACUUUCAUUUUUAAUAGAUAUUUAAUAUUACAGUAUGUAAAAGUUGAUCAAACAAAUAAAUUACCAAAUUUCAGGGAACAUGGUAAAAUGGAUCCUGAAACCACGUCCAACACACCUAAUAGAAUAAACUUUUCACUACUUGUGUGGCACUAUGUGUGACAUUAAGUAGAUUUGGGUAUGAAUGCUUUUUAACAGGGCAUUAUGCUUAUAGCCAUAAAAGAUACUCUGAACCAUGUUCAGCACAUAUCCAUAACAAAUCAUUGUAUACAAUAAUAGUUAAUGUUAUUUUCCUCAUCUACAGUACAAUGCUGUUGAUUUUCGAAUUGCACGCAUUCCAGUACUAUUGUAAAACUCCAAGUUUGUAAUGGUACUAUAAAAUCUAGUGUAUCUAUUGAAAAGUUUAUAAGAAUUUUUCACAGUGUAUCUGUAUCAAUAUUAGAAUUUUGAAAUAUGAUUAUUUUGUUUUCCAUUCGGUGCCUUAUCAUCUGGUGCCAAUUAAUUUAUCAGUGUUUAGAGAUGCAUCAGUAAUAUUUAAUUGUAUUGUUUUAUAUUAUUUUGAAAUUUAAACUAAAAAUUGAGUUUAUAAUAAAAGUAAAAUACAAACACUAUUUCAAAUAUGUGAUCUGUGCAUUUGAAAAUUAAAUAUGUUUGAGUUUGUUGAACAGCUUGUGUAGUGCAGCUGACAUUAUUGCACGUUACUGUAGGUAAAAACAAUUAAAAUUUUACUGUAAUUGCCAUGCCAGUUUUGUUGUUCUAUUGCAGCUAAUGUUUAAAUAGAUUAACGUGUUAAUAGAUCUCAAACUUGAAUGAUAAAUUUGUCCGAUUGUUUAAAAAUCUAGUCAAAUUACGUUGCGUUAAUGAAUGUGAAUGUAAGACAUCUUUUUUUCCAUGGAAGUUUUGAUCUUGUAUUUGUUAAUAUUGCAUAUCAAACUAAUCCAUAAUUGCCUAUAAGAUUUGGUUUCCAAGAAAAAUUGCUAGUGUAAUUUUACCAUAGGCAUAUGAUAAUGGUAGGCAGAAAUAGGAAAUUCAUAAGAAACCUCUAUGCAUUUGUUUUGUGAUUCCUAAAUGCAUGUGAUACAAAGUACAAAAUUAACCUUGCUUUGGUAACAGUAAUGGUUUGAAUGGGAAGGCUGAAUGUAUAUUAAAAUUCUUGAUAAUUACUUUGAUA